UAGACUUUGUGACCACAACCAUAUACACCACUGAAGAGGAACAGCCUGUGAAUUUCUUGUGAUCUCAAGUGUAUUAAGGCUGGAACAUAAGCUAUAACAGUUGAAAUUUUGAAAGUUGCCUUAAAGUGAGUUAACAUUGCCUUAAAUGCACCAUUUUUGGUCAAAACAUCAAACUCGACAAUGUUAGGUGUUUGGUAAUAUUUUAUUUUGAGUGAUGAUGUCAUCCAGCCAAUCACGUGACUUGCAAAUCAAGAUUUCAAAAAAUUAUUCGCUGAUGGAUACGCUAUGAAAAAGAAAACAUUGCAUGUUUUUAUGUUCCUUUGAAACACGUUUGCACACUGAUGUCAUAAACAGCAAGAAAAGUUUAGCCCUUCGGUCACAAAUCAACAUUUUAAUUCACAGCAGGUCACGUGACUUAACAAAAUAUUUAAUAUUUUGUUAACGGCAGAGAAAAUUCUGGAUGCUAAAAUGCUAUCAUAUGACACACAUAAAGUCAACACUUAUUUAGUAAACACCUUUGUCCAAGCUGUUUUCCCCACUGGCCGAAAGGCAAAAAAACUAUUUUGUCAGGUGAUCUCUGAUGUGACGUCAUCACCAGCAAGCAAACAUUACGGAAAUGUUAAGGCGUCAACUUAAAUCAUCUUGCCAACAAGAAUGAAUCUAAGGCGAUGUUAACAAAGUUUAAGGCAAAAAGAAACCUAGGUCAAAACAAUUUGGAAACCUUGCAAAAUGAUGUCUUUAACUAUAAUUCAGAAUUGCAGGAAGUUAUUCUUAGCAGUAAUCCUCUUAUAUGCGACUGCCGACUCUACGGGGUGUACAACAUUUCUCAGCAUAUCAACGUCUUCAGUGGAACAUGUUUUAGUCCCCCUUCCCUGUCAAACAGGAAACUACAGUCCCUUAAACUUCAUGAAUUCUGUGGGGGAUGUGGUGGGCUGAAAGCCUCAGGCAAAACCACACGAGAUGGCGAAUACGGAGUGUACCUAAAGGCAAAGUGUGAGGGGUAUACGCGGAUCUACUGCCACGGAAUGAACACCGACUCUCCACAGGAGUUCAUAUCACUACUUAGUGGUUCGCAGCGAAACUACGCGUACAUUCACGAUUACAUGCAACCCGAGUGGAACAAGACCGAGUGUUCAUUGAUACCUGGAGGUAACUUGUACAAUCAAUCAGGGUUGACAAACUUUACCAAAGUUCGCGUCAUACUUGGGGCCAACGCGGUCUCCAUCAAAGCAGAUGAUUUCCAGUUUGCCACGAAGAUAGGCAAUAGUGUGAAUUACGGUGUAGCAGGGGACUGUUAUUCUUCCACCGCUGAGAACUGUCGGAAAGGACGCUUCCAGAUCGAUCUCACAGGCACGGGAUUUAGAAUAAAGGAUACCGUCCACUGGCAACAUAUUGGAAGUCCAAGUGAAAUCAAAAACACUCUCGAUAUCGAUGCGGAGCGGCGAAGUGUCUACGCCGAAUGCGGGGGGUACUGUGGGGAGUGCCGUCCCCAGGGAACUAUUGACCUAGAAAUGGAUACAUGUACCAAGGAAGGAGUUAAACCGUGUUUUCGGCCCUUCGGAAUGGACGACCGCACAAUCCCAGACUCGGACAUAAGGGGGUCAUCGCACCGCCCAGAGUACUUAGCGCACUACGGCCGUCUAAACAACAUCAAGGCUCCAGGCAUGGGCGGAGCGUGGUGUUCCGGCAUCAUUAACGAGUACCAGUACCUCCAGGUAGACCUCGGUCGCAAAAUGACCGUUUCCGGGAUAGCCACUCAGGGAGCUGGGGAUCAGCCAAGCUGGAUAACUAAGUACAUGGUACAGUACAGUGAUGAUGGCCGCGUUUUCAAGGGACAUGAGGAAUUUGGUAUUAUGAAGACGUUUACCGGAAACCGAGAUAACUUCAACGUGGCUACGAACUGGCUGAGUCAGCGUUUUCGGGGGAGGUACAUCCGGAUCGAACCCGUUGAAUGGAACAACGCGAUCUGCUUGCGACUGGAAGUGUACGGGUGUGAAAACGAUAUUUAUUCGAUGGCAGUUCGAAAUCAAGCGGAUAAGCGGUGCUGGACCCCCCUGACCUCGUCUGACCCUUGCUCCUUGGCGGACGCCACCCUCGUCGUGCUCUCUCCGCACUGCACAGGCGGAGGCGCCAUGUUCUCCUUCGCAGACGACGGCGCCAUUCACCACACGUGCAGCGGAGCCUGCAUCUACGCGGACGACAGCAAUUUUCUCGCCUUGCGAGACGGACCAUGCCACAGUUUUAGCAAGUUACCACAGGCUUCGGGAGCCAUAGCUAUUAGACAUGUUAAGACAGGACUAUGCGUCAAGAUGGAUGAGAUAGGAAAUAAGAAAAUGGUUCUUGCCUCUUGCAAAGACCAGACCUUGUUCGAGCUAUCUCAAGAAGGUUUGUCCCCUCUUCGUCCAUCAAUCAGCAUCGAAAAGAUCCACUAUCUCGCUGUGGACAAGCCAGCUUGGAUCGACUGCAAGGUGAUUGCGGACCCUCGGGCCAAGGUCUUCUGGACGAAGUCACGGCCAUGGCCGAACGAGCAGGGACAGUUAUCUCGGCUUGAGUUCCUGGAAUUCUCAAACGGUUCGCUGUACGUUAGACGAGCACGGAUGUCGUACACAGGGCAGUACUACUGUACUGCGGCUAACUCAGCUGCUUUCGAUAUCGGCAGCUUCGAAAUUAAGGUUGGAGCGCCGCCACAAUUCACCAUGACACCCCGAAACUCCAAUGCCACCCUGAACCGCACAACUCAACUGCACUGCGCAGUCGCUAGUGCCAAUCUCCGCACUGUAAUCACUUGGCACAUGCGCCCUGUGGGAAGUUCCGUGUUGACGCCUGUGGAUACCUUGGAUCCGAAGCGCUUUCUUGUGCUCGCCAAUAUGACCCUAAUGAUAAAGAAUUUAAAGAAGUCUGACGAGGCGGCUUAUGUAUGCACCGCCAACAACCCCGUGGGUACCAAGAGCAGCGAAGCAUUCCUGAAGAUCUUUGUACCACCGAGUUUCGACGUACUCCCUAAAGACCUAGAGGUUCCCCAAGGAGGUUCGCCUACACUCCAAUGUAAGGGAGUCGGGGAUCCCAGACCAACGAUCACGUGGUACAGAAAGGGCAGCAAGACUUUCCCCAAGCAUUUUAAGGUCCGGCCAAGCGGGAGUCUUUACAUUCGGGAGAUCACCAAAGAAGACCAGGGAACGUAUGUCUGCCAGGCCGACAACUCUGUUGGAACUGCCACAGCUCAGGUCAUCAUUAAAGUCUUCACCGCUUGCAGAAUCGACAACAUACCUUUCGGUUCCCACGAACCCAAACUGCAGUUUUUUCGAGUUGGCAGCGUCGUUCAAGUCCAAUGUUACCCUGGCUAUUCGACAAGCGAGGGACCUACUACUAACCUGACUUGCGGAGACGAUGGCGAGUUCAAUGAAUCCAUGCCGAAGUGCAAAGAUCUUGACGAGUGCCGCGUGUCGCCGUCCAGUGUUAACGACCACGACGUGAAAACGUACCACGACUGCCACAAACACGCCUUAUGUAUCAACACUCCCGGGGCCUAUCGGUGCGAGUGUGCUGAUGGUUACCGUGGCGACGGGAAGAGCUGUUCACCUAUUUGCAAACAGCCUAAACUUCCUUUCCAUGGUAAAAAUUGGUCUCCGAGAAAAGACGAGUACAAUUUGGGCUCAUCAGUUAGCUUAGAGUGUGAGAGGGGAUUCGCCGCUGAACCGCCCACGAUCAAGUGCUCUGGGAGUUUGUCCUGGGGCAAAACUGAGGCACAAUGCAAAGAUGUUGACGAAUGUUCUGAUGGGGUUCUCCGUGAAGGAAAGCAAGAGAGCGCAUGUCACAAGGAUGCUGCGUGCCAAAACACCGUGGGCUCAUACGCGUGUCGCUGCAAAGAAGGUUAUGAAGGAGAUGGUUACAGCAAUUGUCGCGUUGAGAAAAAAAGAUUGAUCAAGGAUUCACAAGGACAAGAGUGGAUCUUUUCGCCAAAUAUGGACAGCCUACUUACAAAGGUUAAAGGUUUUGAAGCAAAAAAUGAGACAGCGAUAGGCGUUCUUGAGAGCAUGCGCAACACAACCUCCUCCGAGGCUUCGCAGAUGACUGCUGGUGACCUCGUGUUGUCCAUUUACGCAUUGAAAGCCCUCGUGGAGGGGCAGGAAAAGCCUAGAGCGCAGAUCAGAGCUGAAUUUGAGACCGCUGUAGAUGUCUUCAGUAAUCUUCUGAAAAAAGAAAACAAAGACAAGUGGGAAGAAGUGCAGCAGAGAAGCUCUGGAGUAACAGAGGUGAUGCAACUCCUUGAUAGGUACGCGAGUGUAGUCGCUACUGAUGUUCCUGCUGGCGAGGAAAACAACACCGUGGAAAUUGUCACUGAUGAAAUUGUGGUCAAGGUUGAGUCACGUCGAGCCAAGACUCUGUAUGAUGGCCACACUUUCCCUCCCAAUGAUCAUCAGAGAGAAGAGAUUGGAGCAGAAAUGAUCGAAAUCCCGGGAGAAGUCUUCCAAGAUUAUAAAUCAGGGAUGCAAGCCGUUCACCUUAUUAAUGUGAUCUAUUCAAACUUGGGAGAAUUUCUUCCUAAAAGAGCAGAUAGGGCGAAAAGGUUUGACGUUGAUGGCAAAGUUGUAUCCAGCACACUUCGACCCAUGCCUAAUCUCCACCAAGGGAAACUGGCUACACCUAUCAGAAUAAGGCUUAGUGUAGGUCAAAAGAGAUCCGAAAAGAAGUUCGCCGUCCGAUGCGUCUUUUGGGAUUUCACUAAAGAUAAGUCUCUCGGCGGCAGUUGGUCGUCAGAGGGAUGUCGCCUCUUGUCCAGCUCCUCCAACGCCACCGUGUGUGAAUGUGAUCACAUGACGAGUUUCUCAGCUAUUGCUGUCUACGAUAAGGAGUUCGUGUUCUCGUUGGUUGUUUAUAUCGGCUGUGGGAUCCUUCUGUUUGCGGUUCUUAUUCUGAUACUACGCCAUUUGUACAUCCACUGCAAACGAAAGGCAGAACGCUCUAUUAUUCACAUCAAUCUCUCCUUCGCCAUAGCAGCGGGAAUAGCGUUGUUUCUCGGUGCUCUUAAGCUCACUAAAAUUAAGAUCGCGUGUACUGUAGUGGCGGCUCUGUUGCAGUACUUCUUCAUUGCCGUUAUUUGCUGGAUGGUCGUCGAGGGCUUUCAGUUGUACAUGGUUUUAGGGUCCGGCAAGAAUCGGAACCCUGCUAGACGCAAGUGGUUCUACCUUAUUGGAUGGGGGGUUCCGUUUCUGGUUGUUGGUAUUUCUCUUGGAGUCUUUCAGUUAAAAGGAUACGGUAACGCCGAGUGGUGUUGGUUGGACUACUCCGACGUGCUCAUGUGGGCGCAUGCUGGACCGGCAGCAGCUUUCUGUCUGGUCUUGCUCGUGUUAGUUAUUAUGAUUGCCGUGGCCAAGGAACGAAUCGUUGACUCGUCAGACAAAAAUAGAGUCAGUGUCUUAUUGGUAUUCAUGGUUCUACUAAUUGUGAUGAUCCCGGGCACAUGGGUAGCAGCGGCAAUCUACGUCAAGCAUUUCCAAGACAACGUCAUAUGGGAAUACGUGUUUGCGGGCUCAUGUGCUCUACAGGGAAUUCUUGUUCUUUUGUUUGGUCUUCUUGAUCGAGAGAUCAAGAACUUCUCUUAUCUGUAUUCCAUCAAAAAGAUUCAAAAGAAAGAACACAAGCAGAAAAGGAAUUAUUACAGUACCACAGACACAGUUCAGUACUACGGUGGUGCCAAUGCUCCAGAUGGCAAGAAUUACACUGUUACACGCCCAUCAGCCAAGUCAGAGUCCAACACAGACCUUAAGGGGUCCUCGAAAAGGCUGUCGCGCAUAGCGUCACAACAAGCCAUGGAUGAGCCUGACGAUUACCCUUCCCCCGUAAUGGACACCCCGGUCACCAUAGAUAACUCACUCAGAAGAAAAAUAGAAAAUCAGCCCCUGCCGUACACUCCAAGCUACCCAAACAGCGAGGUAAUCCAGCUGCAAACCUUCCCGGUACGCAAGACAAACUCCGAGGCUCGCGAUUGGAGACCUGACGGAGCCGAAGAGCCUGAUCGAUCAGUCUACGGGGAUCAUCGGAGCACAAGCAGUGCGCGUUCGGUCAGCAUGCCUCGUAGUAUCGAUAUGUUCUCGGGAAAUGCAAAGUUGCAACAGAUUCCCGAACGCGCACCACUACUACACCAACACCAUGAGAUGACCGCUGAACGCCCGCAACGACGGGAAUUCAAACCUGUGUCGCCAAAGGAAGAUGAGAGCCAAGAGCCCCACGAAGACGAGAGAUCCCCGCUGGAUCCGUCCCGAAGAAGGACCAAUAGCUCUAGCCAAGGGCCCCACGAAGACGAGAGGUUUCCGAUUGACCCAUCCCGAAAAAGGACGAAUCGCUCAAAGCAGCGACUAGAAGAACGCUUUGGUAAAAUGGACAGAGGCUCGAUAUCUGAGCGAAAACGCAAGCUCCGCUACUCUUCUGGGUAUAUUAUAGGUGCAACUAUAGAUACAGAUGCGGAAACUGUAGAAAAAGAACAUGCUAGUCUUUAGAUAAGAAUGUUACUGAAAGUCUUCAUAGUCCAGCGUCAUCCGAUCACAUAUCAGUUACGGUUACGUAUAUAUCUCGUCUGUUGCGCUAAGUUGAUCGACCGAACUACGUGAAACACCUCAACUACAGUUUCACUGCAUUCGAAGAUCCAGCGUACUAUGCGAGCGUUCCCAAAGGUCACAUUUUCGUGGCCAAGUAAAAAAACGCUGGAUCCUCGAGCAUGCUUCAGGGUGUGAACAGAAAUUUAUUAUACAUGUAGACUACGCUGUUCCUAGAUGAUAUAGCAUUAUUAGCUGUUGCAAAGGAGUAUUUUCAUAGAAGAAAUAGAAGUAAUUUUAUUAGAAUUAUUACUAAUAUUGUUAUUUAAGAAAUCCAUUUGAUGACAUUUUCCCGUGUAAAAGCAUUCUCGAAGUCCCAUGUCAUUUGCCAAGCAAGUAGUUCCCGUUUCAUAUUUCCUUAUUGUGUCUUGUUUUCUUUUUUUUCUUUUUUGUUUUGUUUUUGUUUUUUAAUAGAAGUAAUGUUAAUAUUAUAGUUAUUGUCCCGUGAAAAACAUCCUCGUCACAUCAAGGUCGAUUUUGAAUAAGCUACAUUUCAAAAUGUCUAGAUUUACUAUGUAAACUUAAGUUUAAAAAGUUAUUGGGUUCAGCGUC